AUGGCUGACGAAGAUGUUGCCACAAGGGCACCGGAGAGUGACGCAAAGGAGCCCAGCAUGAUGUCCUCUGAAGAUACGCCAGCCCAAAAAGGGGCGAGCAUGGGAGAGCACUGCGUGACAGAUCGACCUUCUCCUCUUGGGGAUCAGCAGCCAAGUGGUGAGAUAUCGAAGAUUGCAGAUGUGGAGGUCUACAUUACAAAACCUAGCGACUACCCUCAUCUCCCGUCCAAGCUUCUGCUCUUUCUGAGCAGUGGUACCGGCAUACACUCCAAGAACAAUCAGCUUCAAGCAGACAAGUAUGCCAGCGAGGGUUUCCUGGUGGUCAUGCCCGACCAAUUUGCUGGAGACCCUGCACCCAACAGUGCAACAGAUCCAAAUGCCGAUGAACAGAAUCCGUCCGUGAUCGAGAGAGUCAAGCUGGGUUUCGCAACUACAGCUAAAUCCUUCAUGGUAGACAUGUGGCUGGCCAGACAGACGCCGGAGAAGGUCCUUCCUGUGUUACGGAAGGUGGUCGAGGGUGCGAAAGAGGAAUUUGCAGAUGCAGUUGCCAAUGGAGGAGGUGUCUACGCUGUUGGCUAUUGUUUCGGUGGCAAAUAUGUCUGUCUGCUAGCCGCCGAAUUGCCCGACUCCGCUGCUCACGGUCAGGCACCGCCGAAAGAUGAAGAAGCUGGGAUGGCGAAAGUAGAGCCAUUGAUCAAAGCGGGAGCUCUAGCUCAUGGCACACUGAUAACGACAGAUGAUCUCGAAGCCAUCAGAUCACCCAUAUCAAUGGCUUGCGUGGAGAACGACCAGCUAUUCCCAGACGACGUUCGCACUGCAGGUCAAACAUAUAUGGAGGAGAACAAGGUCAAGCACGAAGUCAGAGUCUACUCGGGUGUGCCUCAUGGCUUUGCUGUUGUGGGGGAGUACGAGGAUCCGAAGAUUCAAGAGGCGCAGAAAGAGGCUUUUGAGCAAAUGAUUGAGUGGAUCAAGUCUCAUUAG